AUGGCGACUAGUACGUGUAUUCCCUCCACCUUCACACCCAUUCUUCAGAACUUGACUUCCAGAAACUCCAUUGCUAUGGUGGGUUUGCUCUCUUAUGCACCCAAAACCUUGAGGCCUCUCUCUUAUGCCCAGAGCCUCGGUUUCAGUUCACUUUCCACCGCCAGAAAGCAUCCCAGGAAAUUGCUUCAAUUCCAAGUGAGAUCAGUGGCCACUCCUGCGGAAGCUGUUGCUGGGUUUGAAGAGAUGGUUGCUGGGACACAGCGAAAGUAUUACAUGUUAGGUGGUAAAGGUGGAGUUGGAAAGACCAGUUGUGCAGCUUCACUUGCUGUGAAGUUUGCUAACAAUGGGCAUCCCACUCUUGUGGUUUCCACUGAUCCAGCACAUUCCUUGAGUGAUUCCUUUGCUCAGGAUUUAACUGGAGGGACGCUUGUACCAGUUGAUGGGCCUGAUGCUCCACUUUUUGCUCUGGAGAUUAACCCUGAGAAGGCAAGGGAAGAAUUCAAAACUGCAAGCCAGAAAAAUGGUGGAACAGGGGUUAAAGAUUUUAUGGAUGGAAUGGGCCUUGGGAUGCUUGCUGAACAGUUGGGAGAGCUAAAACUGGGAGAACUGCUAGACACACCUCCUCCUGGUUUGGAUGAAGCUAUUGCGAUUUCCAAGGUGAUACAAUUUCUCGAAUCACCAGAAUAUAACAUGUUUACUCGUAUCGUUUUUGAUACUGCACCCACGGGCCAUACAUUGCGACUUUUGUCCUUGCCAGACUUCUUGGAUGCAUCAAUUGGCAAGAUCCUGAAGCUUAGACAAAAGAUAGCUUCAGCGACCUCAGCCAUCAAAUCCGUUUUUGGAUCAGGGGAAAGUGAUUCUGGAGCAUCAGACAAAUUAGAGAAACUACGGGAGAGAAUGAUUAAAGUGCGCGAGCUUUUCCGUGAUACCGAAUCCACAGAAUUUGUCAUAGUAACAAUACCCACGGUCAUGGCAGUCAGUGAGUCAUCUAGGUUGCAUGCCUCUUUGAAGAAGGAAUCAGUUCCUGUAAAGCGGCUUAUUGUUAAUCAGAUUCUUCCCCCAUCUGCCUCAGACUGCAAAUUUUGUUCAAUUAAAAGAAAGGACCAGAUGCGUGCUCUUGAUAUGAUCCGGAGUGAUCCAGAGCUCCUUGGCCUGACAUUGAUCCAGGCUCCACUAGUUGACAUGGAGAUCAGAGGAGUGCCUGCCCUUCGAUUUCUGGGAGACAUGAUUUGGAAAUGAUCAUCAAUCUGCACACGCCACGCUGCACAGUCGGAAAUGAUCAUCAAUCUGCACACUCCACGCUGCACAGUCAUACAAUUGAUGAUAAUCCAAACACCUUUUUGUCCAACCUUCAACUGAUAGUGAUAGCCUUCCCAUCUGAGAAAUGGGUUAAAUUACAUGUCCGCUGUAUUUUAUCCAGAAAAUUCAUUUUUCCUUGUUAAAUGUUACACUUCAGUUAAUAGUACAGGGGCUUCGAACAUUAGCAAUCAAGAACUCAAAUUUUU